AGAAUGCCAGAAGGAAACCUUUCUGCUUUGAGUGAAUUCAUUUUACUGGGGUUCUCCAACUUUCCACAUCUUCAGCACUUACUUUUUUCCCUGUUCCUUUCUACUUAUUUGUUCACCUUAGCUGGAAACCUUCUAAUCAUUUUCCUUACCGGUAUGGAUGCUGCCCUGCAGACCCCCAUGUAUUUCUUCCUUGGGAACCUGUCCUUUCUGGAGAUCUGUUACACAACUGUGAACAUCCCUAAAAUGUUGGCCAGUCUUCUCAUGGAGGAUAGAAGCAUUUCUUUCCUUGGUUGUGGUACACAAACCUAUUUCUUUUUUUCCUUUGGAGGGUCAGAGUGUUUUCUCCUGGCCUCAAUGGCUUAUGAUCGUUAUAUUGCUAUCUGCAGUCCCCUGCACUAUCCUGUCAUUCUGAACAAGAAGACAUGCAAUGCACUUGCUACAGGGUCUUGGCUCAGUGGGAUAUUUAUGUCCUUUGGUCUCACAAGCAUGGUAUUCACUUUACCCUUCUGCAGAUCCAACGUGAUCAACCAUUACUUCUGUGACAUCCUCCCACUGCUGAAACUGGCCUGUGUGGACACUUCCUUCAUUGAGUUGUGUGUCUUCAUGUUGGCUUUGAUCUUUAUUGCCUUCCCCUUUGUGCUGAUCUUCCUGUCAUACAUACGUAUUGUCUCCUCUAUCCUGAAGAUUGCCUCCAUUGAAGGCAGAAAGAAAGCCUUCUCUACCUGCUCCUCACACCUCAUUGUGGUAAUAUUUUUCUAUGUCUCUGCCUGUAUUAUAUAUCUGAAGCCCAAGGCAGACUCCUCUCCAGAUACAAACAAGUUUCUUUCUUUAUUAUAUACUUUCCUCACACCCAUACUAAACCCUAUUGUUUAUACUUUGAGAAAUAAAGAGGUGAAAGGUGCUUUCUGGAGACUGCUUGGGAAAAGGAGGCUUGUUGCAUAAAGAAAGUGAUUUCUUGCAACUACCUCUAGACCAGUUCUUCCUCUCUAGGUUACACAUUCAUUCAGGUCCAGCCUUUGAUCUGAUGCAGAUGAUGAUGAUUCUGCAU